UGGGACUCAGACCUAGAGCAGCACACACAGAAACACAACCACCCACUGUAUUCAGAUUACACUGAGAGAAGAGAAAGAACCUCUACAUCACACAGAAAGACAGGAGACACAAAGGAAGACAAAAGGCUGUCCAGUUUCACUCAGACCCACAGACAAACAGAGAAAGCAACGCCAACCGGAUCUAAGAUGGUGUCGGCUGGGCUACAGAUGCUGGGCACGGCCCUGGGGAUCAUAGGCUGGAUUGGGACCAUCAUUGUUUGUGCCAUGCCCAUGUGGAGGGUCACCGCCUUCAUCGGCAGCAAUAUAGUCACCUCGCAGACCUCCUGGGAGGGUAUCUGGAUGAGCUGCGUGGUCCAGAGCACGGGCCAGAUGCAGUGUAAGGUCUACGACUCCAUGCUGGCCUUGAGCUCCGACCUGCAGGCCGCCAGAGCUCUCACCAUCAUUGCCAUCCUCGCCGGCAUUAUCGCCAUCCUGCUGGCCAUAGCCGGGGGCAAGUGCACCAACUGUGUGGACAACGAGGCAUCCAAGGCUAAAGUGGGUGUGGCAUCCGGGGUAGUGUUCAUCAUUGCCGGGGUUCUGUGCCUGAUCCCUGUCUGCUGGACGGCCCACAGCGUCAUCCAGGACUUCUACAACCCACUCCUGGUAAGCGCUCAGAAGAGGGAGCUGGGGGGCGCGCUGUACGUGGGCUGGGGGUCCGCUGCCCUGCUGCUGAUUGGAGGGGGCUUGCUCUGCUGCAACUGCCCAAAGAAGGAUGAGGGUUCCUACACCGCCAGGUACAACAAGGCUCCUCCAUCCGAGACCUCAGCAACGGCCACUGGAAAGGACUUUGUCUGAGUGAGGAAGAGAGAGAAGAGAGGGCGGGAGAGACGUCUGUCUGCCAUGAGAGACUGUCUGAUCCAGCUGUGUAUAUAUGUAUUCUGUAUUCUGGGUCACUAUGGUGCUUCUUUAUUACAAAUGUUUGAGGACGAUACUUAAUGGUGAUGAGCGAAGAAAAGAACCACGGUGACUAAAGAUUCCAUGUAAGUUACCGUUAAAAGAGAACCACACCCAAAGAAGGAACUGAAUUCCUUUAAACCAUACCCAUGCAGUCUGCAGCUUUGUUCUGGGCUGGUUUGGCUGUGUGUUUUUUAUGCAUGUUUGUGUAAAUAUGUGUGUGUGUGUGCCUUUACACCUUUUGGCAGUGUGUUUUGUUAAUUGUUUUAUCCGAGCUGUGUUUGUUACCAUUGUACAUGGGCUCCUGAGUGGCGCAGCGGUCUAAGGCACUGCAUCUCAGUGCUUGAGGUGUCACUACAGACUCCCUGGUUCGAUUCCAGGCUGUAUUGCAACCGGCCUUGAUUGGGAGUCACAUAGAGCGGCGCCCAGUGUCGUCCGGUUUAGGCCGUCAUUGAAAAUAAUAAUUGUUUCUUAACUGACUUGCCUAGUUAAAUAAAGGUAAAAUAUUUUUUUAUAUGUUGU